AUGGACGAACUCAAACCCACAGGCUCUAACGACCUAGUUGGAGCACAGUCAUCACCAUCAACCCACCGCUCUCCCAACACCGCACAGUGUGACCCUGGUAAACUCUCUCUCCCACACACCACCGAUCCUCCCUCCCCUUCCAACCCUCCGAAGCGAAAGGUAUGGAUCGUCUUCGGCGCUACCGGACACAUGGGUCGUUCUGUGACCAAAACGGCCCUAUGCCAUGGCGACAUUGUAUGUGCAGUCGGCCAGUCACUCGAAGACACGUUAUCGUCCAUGCAAAAAUGGCACGACGACCCAGACCGCUAUCUUGGACUCCUUUGCGAUGUGCGGAUUCGUGAAUCCGUCGCCAGCGUAAUUGAGACAACGAUGAAGCAAUUUGGCCGGAUGGAUAUCAUCGCCAAUUGUUCGGGAUACGGAGUGAUUGGGGCCUGCGAGGACCAAGACGAGCACGAGAUUCGCAAUCAAUUCGAGACCAAUUUCAUGGGCACGCUGAACAUCAUCCAGUUGUCAUUGCCGUAUUUUCGCCAACGGCGGGCUGGCCGAUAUUUGAUUUUCAGUUCGAUAUCGGGCGCGCUCGGUGUCCCCGGUCUGGGGCCCUAUUGCGCGACCAAGUAUGCGGUGGAGGGGCUGAUUGAGAGUAUGUUGUACGAAGUGGACCAGUUCAGCAUUCGAGCCACGCUCGUUGAACCCUCGCACUUGCGACGGGAUGACGAGCUUACCAUGGCCAACGGCCACAAGCUGCCUAUAUUCGGUCAUUUCAAGGUGGCCAAGGCCAGCGAGCCGUAUACUGGUAAAGAUGCGCCCGCCGCUCAUGCCCAGCGCGCUCUCCACUGGCUGGGCGACAAUCAGCCUACGUCGGUCGUCAAGGCGGCAGAGCUUGUCUGGCAGCUCGGUCACUGCCGAUAUCCCCCGUUACGACUGCUCCUCGGUAGCUUCGCGGUCGAGAGUAUUAGAGACCGGCUGAAGAGCAUAAUCGAGGAAAUCGAGGAUUGGAAGCAUCUCAGUUUCCCGCCGUUGGAAGGCCAUGAAGAGAAACCGGCCGAGGGCGAGGAUGGGGACGACAAGGACGACGGAGACCUUGACGAUAAUGACAAUGAGCAUGCCGACGGAGGUGGUGAGGGUGAAGGUGAUGCUGAGGGCGAGCAUGAUGUUUACGCACCAGAUCAGGAUGACGAAGGAGCAUCUUCGCAAUUCAUCAAGAAGGAAAAUCAGAGUCAGAUGGACACGGACGAUUGA